AUGGCUUCUGUGAUGGAGCGUGCGAAGUCGAUCCAGGGAGAGAUCAACCAGCUGAUCGACCCCCACUACGACACCAGCACUGGCGAGGUCAAGUCAGAUAUGACGCAGAUGAAAUCGACGUCCGACAAGCUGUGCGAACUGCUGCUGCAGCACUCGCUGGCAUACUGGAGCACGUCGGAGAACGAGAAGGUUUGGCCCCAUCCGAAAAACAGAUUCGAGAUGGGGCUCGACCCAGUCGACGUCCACGAGCUGCUCGACUUCAUCACUGGUUGCGGGUGGUCGUGGUCCGAGGUAGGCAAGCCCAUCGCGUUCGAGUCCAUUCCUCAGGACAAGCCUGGCCAUCAGGAACAGUUGGGCUUCAUCCAUGCACUGGUCCAGGGAUCGGGCGGCAUGUUGCCGUCGAUGACGCCCGAGCUCGUCAAGCUCCUGAGUGUGACAUCUUCGCACACGGUAGCAUCAGUGAAGAUCGUCGAGGCAGGGUGCAGGACCUUCCUCAAGGACUUGUCCCACAACGGCUUCCUUUCGAAGGAGAAGGCUGGCAACCAGCACCACGGAGCCAACCGUACAGUCACCAAGGUCCAGACCAUGUUGCAAGUGCAUUCCAGGAUGAUGUCCAACUUCAAGAAGCUCGGUGAAUACCGCAAGGAGCAGGUGGCGAGGGCCAUCGAGAGGCAGCAUCCGACGAUGGCUGGGCAGAUUGCCGACAUCGCCGAUUACGUGGAGAGGUGGUCUGGCGGCAACACGCCGUACAUGUUGUUUGAGCUGAACGACUUCAGCAAGGUGCUUUCGUUUCGCCGAGACAUCGCGCCCGUCACCUUCAAGGUGCUCGCCCAGUUCCAGGCGAAGACCAUGGCAGAAGUCCCGACGGCCAUCUUGAAGGCAUCUUUGGUUGCGCCAGAGAACUUAUGCACCAACAACGUCGCCAAGAUCGUCUCGAGCGCGGACCUCGCCGUCGUGACGGGCGCCAAGAAGGAGGAGUUCAUCAAGGUUCUGUCCUACUGGCGCGUCAGCAAGCAGUGGCUGGAGACAUUAUCCAAGAAGGAGGGCUGCACCGUGCCGAUCUCCACGUGGAUCAAGCUCCGCGGCUUCUUCGAGGUCAAGUGCAUCAUGCACCUCUUCCAGAAGAAGAGCGGCAAGCGCAAGGCUUACGACAGCCUCGAGCACAUCGCCAAUGAGUUCCUAGAUGAAGUGUUCAACGUCUACCCUGAGGCACGGGGCAGCGUGACUCCCUGGGCGUACAAGUCCGAGUUCUCGGCCAAGGGCGAUCGGGCCUGCAAGGCCCAGAAGACCAUGAUCCAGUAUAACCCCGACGGCACCAUCGAUGGAGAGUCGUUGCGGGCAUUAGGCUUCGUGGUGGGAGCGAAUGUCCAGCCGCUCGCGCAGGCCAAGGACUUCGUCAAGAGCCACCUGUACAUCAUCAAGACAUUGGGGGCCGACACCGCUCACGUCGUGGACACGACGCUCCAGGACUCCAAGGUGGACGACGAGGAGGUGGACGCGACGCCCGUGGCCAUCGCGACGCUCGUCGAUCAGUGGAAGGUCAGGGCAUCCUGCUAA